AUUUACAAACACAACCAUGUCUGUUCUGUACGCACUUUUCGUCUGUCUUCCGGCCUUGACCUACGCACAAACCCUCAACUUGAAGCCUUACAAUGAGACAGCAACCGUUGCAUUUACCAUCUCAGAUCUCAACCAUGAUGGUGUCUUUGACCGAAAUGAACUGGACACAAUCUUUAAGCACCUGGACAGUAACGGCGACGGUCGGAUCGACUUUCACGAGUACGGCAUCUAUCUGAGCUCUGGUAACCAUGACGCCCACACCAGCCAUGUCCUGCACGCGCUUUUCCAGGCCUAUGACGUCAAUAAGGACCAUCACGUCGACCAUGUUGAUUAUGACCUGUUUUUCUCCCUGUCUGACAGUAACGGGGAUAAUUUGGUGGAGAAGAACGAAUUCGUCCACUACGUUGCAAUAGUUUUUGAGACGGCAGACAGUGCGUAAAACAAGAAGAAAUUUACGUCAUAUGUUAAAACAAGAUGAAAGUGCCGCCUUGUUGAUCAUAUAAGGAAGAGGAUCUUUCUUGCCACAAGCAUCGAUUUGUUCGCCAUGGCAAAUACUUUUCCAUCAGAUGACA